CCAGGCUGGCCCGCUGCACGGCGCGGACUGGUUUCACUGUCGGGCUUACAGCCUUCACCCUCGGCCUUGUGUACAGUACAUACAGCCUUCAGCGCGCGGGGCAGGGUUAGGGUUAAUGGCCUGGAACGGCUCCACAGGCGAGAAGACAAAUUCCAGACCUGCUUUCACACCGAGACCGAGCUCCUUCUUACAAUUGCGCACAAUUGCGCACACUUCCACCCUCGCACAUCAAGGCAAGCCCCCAACCAAUCUCUAAAAGCCUUCAACACAUCGCAGCACAGCACAGCCAUCAUGCCAGCACACCAGGCGCUCCAGGGGCACCUGUGCUGUGGCAUCUUUACCGGAGCUACCCCACCACGGCGGAAGAGGAGGAAGGUUACUCCCGCUACCCCACGUCUGCCAACCGCUGUGCAGACACCACUGCAGCCCCCGCGAUUCGAGUUCCCACCUUCUGUCCAACGCCACUUGCCCCAAGCAAUUGCAGACAUGGUUGGCGAGAGCUCCGGCAAUGAAGACGGGCAGCAGCAGCAGCCGCAGCGAGGGCUUUCACCCGCGGACAGGGCUGAUCAUCCUCUACACAAUUUCCCGGACAUCACCGACAAGCACAUCAGUGUGGUGUUUGAGCUGCUCAAAAAUCCAGGCUACAAUGGCAAUCCGGUCAUCGCGCAAGAGUUGCAUCCAUGGGUUCAAGACUACUGUGAUGUUCACGGAUUUGCCCCCAUCCGCAUGCGGAAAUGCCAACAGACCGCAGCGUACACGGCUACCAGCAUCUUCACAAACCUCAAAGUCAAUGUACAAGAGCAUUUCAUGCAAAUGUUUCUGCGCUACGUCAAUGAGAGGCUUGGUUUGAAGCAAGUCGAACGGCAUCUCCGGAGAGCGCAGCGGCGACACUAUUAUCCUCGUAUGCCUAUUUCAUCUGUUCGGAUCGACACGAAGAUCCUAACCACUCAUAUCCUGGCCUUGGGCUGCCAUCGCAUGGGGAAACUCACCGAUCAACGUAAGCGGGAGCUGUGGGGGCAGUUUCUCAACGUGAAUGACAAGGUCUUCAAGGAUCGAAAGAAGCUUGGUCUCAAAUUUGAUGGGUCAAUCAGCACAAACGGGUAUUCCGCUACCAUCCACUUCAAGAAGCCAGGGCUCAAGUACGGCCAUCGCGCCCGGAAGCGCAGCAAAGCCCAAAAGCAGGAAGAAGUCAAACAGCUGUAUUUUGAGCACCACAUCGCCGAACUAAGGGAGGCUCCAAACAUCGUCAGCAUUGAUCCGGGCAAGCCUGCCCUCUUGUUCUGUCGAGACAUCAAGAAGGGGCGGCCAUUUAGAUACACAUCCAAUCAACGGGCAGUCGAGACCAAGUCUCGGUACUUUCAACGAGACAUGACGGAGCAAAAGAUCAAUGCCAGCAUCGCUGAGAUGGAAUCACAUAUGCCAUCGCACAAGAGCAUGAACAUCGAGGCGUUCUCAGCGUUCAUUGUGGAUCACUUACAUGCGGAUCCCGCCCUGGAUGAGUUUUACCAGGAUGAGAUUCACGUAGCUUGCAGAUUCAAGGCGUUCUCACUGCGGCAAAAGUCUGAGACCAAGCUCAUCAAGAACAUGCGACGCCUGUAUGGAAAGCAUUUUGCGGUCAUCUUGGGUGAUUGGAGCGAUGCUGGAAAAACCAUGCGCUUUCAGGAGUCAUCAAAGACCAAGGGAUUCCGCACACUCUUUGCAAGAAACAGCAUCCCAUGCUACUUGCUAGAUGAGUAUCGAACGUCUUCCGUGUGCCCAGACUGCCACGGGCGUGUGAAGAAAAACAUCCGACGCCGGCUGUCACCUCGGCCGUGGCAAGCUCGAAAGGGAAGAAUGGAAUUCGUCCAUGGAUUGGUGGGUUGCCCCAACCCCGAAUGUAUCAACCAAGACUGGACGCCAUUUGAGAUUCCUGGAAGACGACCACUACG